CCAAACAGUAUGGCAAACAGCAUCGCGCCGCAGCGACAUUAAAACCUGCGCUCACUGAGGAGGCCGGUGCGUUUUCGAUUCAUCAUAUAAUUUCAACGAGCGUCACGUGUUCCCGUGGUCGCUCAUGUGACCUGGCGGCUCGGACCAAUAGGGCGGCAGCGUUUCUCCUGGGCAGAGCAAAAGGAAGAGGGGAAAAAAAAUUAUUUGCUCUGUGCGAUUUUUAAUCCUGCGUCGCUGAAAGUGGUCAUCGUCGGCUGCGUCCUGUGCAACAUUAAGGUGACCGGUUGGCUGACUCCACCAUCCCACUCGCGUUGGCCCUUGAACCUCUCUCACGUGACCACGCCCCUUAUUCCUUCACAUCCAAUCCCGACAUGGAGCCCAUUAAGGUCCAAUCAGAGGGUGGACUGAAUGUGACCCUCACCAUCCGGCUGCUGAUGCACGGAAAGGAGGUUGGAAGCAUCAUAGGAAAGAAAGGAGAAACGGUGAAGAAAAUGCGUGAAGACAGCGGAGCCCGUAUCAACAUCUCAGAGGGAAACUGCCCUGAGCGGAUAGUCACCAUCACCGGGCCGACAGACGCGAUCUUCAAGGCCUUUGCCAUGAUCGCCUACAAGUUUGAGGAGGAUAUAAUCAAUUCCAUGAGCAACAGUCCAGCCACCAGUAAACCGCCCGUUACCCUGAGGCUCGUCGUCCCGGCCAGCCAGUGCGGCUCCCUCAUCGGGAAGGGAGGCUCCAAAAUCAAAGAAAUGAGAGAGUCCACAGGGGCUCAGGUGCAGGUUGCAGGGGACAUGCUCCCCAACUCCACCGAGCGGGCGGUGACGAUCUCCGGGGCCCCAGAGGCCAUCAUCCAGUGUGUCAAGCAGAUCUGUGUGGUGAUGCUGGAGUCCCCACCGAAAGGUGCCACCAUCCCCUACCGCCCCAAGCCUGCCUCCACCCCUGUCAUUUUUUCAGGUGGCCAGGUAAGAGCAGACCCACUGGGGGCGUCCACAGCCAACCUCAGCCUCUUACUGCAGCACCAGCCACUGCCUGCUUAUACCAUUCAAGGACAGUACGCCAUCCCUCAUCCUGACCAGUUGAGCAAGCUCCACCAGUUGGCUAUGCAGCAAACCCCCUUUACCCCCCUCGGACAGACCACCCCUGCCUUCCCCGCAGCAGGUCUGGAUGCCAGUAACCAGGCCAGUACUCAUGAACUCACCAUUCCCAAUGAUCUAAUAGGCUGCAUAAUCGGACGCCAGGGAACCAAAAUCAACGAGAUCCGUCAGAUGUCUGGGGCGCAGAUCAAAAUUGCUAACGCCAUGGAAGGGUCAUCGGAGCGCCAGAUCACCAUCACAGGGACCCCCGCCAACAUCAGCCUGGCCCAGUACCUCAUCAACGCAAGGUUCAGAGACGUGGCGGCCAUGUGGAACGACCCAUCUUCCAUGACCACAUCCUGAGAUCCCUGACUGGCUCCUCCGUUUGGCCCCUUCCAAUGACUGACUACCGCAGACAACCCUGAUGCUGCCCUUCGGACUCUGGCUCUGGCUCUCCGAAAAAAAAGACCCGACCACCUUCCCCGCCCUGGUUCAAAGUUGUUUAUACAUCGGGGAGGGUUCGGUGCUCGCUUAUAUUUCAGAGAGCCACAUUAAAUCUUUAAAAAAAACUAAAAAAAAGAAUUACAAAAAAGAAAAUCUCUGUUGAUUAGUUUUUUUUGUUUUUUUUUCUAGAGAACUGUUGAAGCAUGUUGAAUGUUUAUUAGGAACAACUUGUGUUAAUCUUUCUUUUCUUUCUUUUUCUAUCUCUUGCUUUUACUCUUUCUCUCUGUCAGUGCUGCGUCAUAGAACAUUUAAAAGUAUCAGACGUGCUCGUAAAAAGAUUGAACUUUUUUUUUUUGUAGAAACGUAGAUAUUUGCAUAUUACAGCUGCUCAGUGAUGCUAUCGGCAGAGUGUGUGGUGGGAUGUAGCCAAAUUAUCAAAUUCUGAUAAUAUAUUUUGGAAAAAAAAACAAACAAUUGGAUUGUUCUGCGUUUGUCCUAAUUUGCAUCUUUGUCUACUCACGAAUCCAAUCUCUACCCAUGACUCUUUGCUGCAUCACAUGACCCUUUUAAGCCAAUGGUAUCACUCCUAGAGCCUCCCUUCUCGUGUUCAUCUCCUAUAUUUACAUUAUUGCUUAUAUUGCAUGUGUUCAGUGUCGUAUCAUUGUGUAUUUGAGGAAGCCUGUUCAGUGUACACGUUCCUUCAAACGUUAUUAUUAUAUCUUCGUGCUCCUUGUUCUUUUCCCCAAACUUUUUCAGCAUUUCUGGCCACUCACGUCGAGUCCUACUCCCUGCCCAGACGAAAAACUUUCCGCCAUAGCCUCCUUCUAUCAACACCGAUUAUUAGUACAUAGAUGCAUGAAUGGGAAUUAGUGAAAAAUCAGUGGCGUAAACACUGACUGAAAAUUUAAAAUGAUUGUUUACUAACGUAUUACUAUACUGUAUCUGUUUUGUACGAGGACUAUUGUGACUUAGCACAUUAGUCGACUACGCGGCGCUCAUGCAAUAGACUAUUCAACACUUUACUCUGGACUGCCUCUGAUGUGGGAGGAAUUAGUUGGACUUAAAAACCAAGUGUUGCGUCCAAACCUUUCAGCUUCCUUCCCUUGUGAACGGGGAGCUAUUCUCUGGGUUGCCUGCAAAACAGAAAGAAAUAAGGAUCUCGGUCCUCGUGGAAGCUCUCGAGGGAAAAGCCAAAAAAAACAAGGGAGAGAAGCCGAAUCUCACGGCGAAGCAGCCUGAACGUUUGGACGAAGCCGAAUGGUAUUUUUGGGGCCAAAGGAAUGUUCAGGGGUUCAUUGGGGGGGAACCCACGGGGUCUGGGCGGACGUGACCACUCAGUCUCUUUUUCACGAUUGUUCAUCUUGUCAUGUUCUUUUCGUUGUCACACGGUUGAUUUGACGCUUUAGGUUUGAAUGUCUUUUUAUUGUCGCAACUAUGUCAGCAACUUAAAUUGUUUUUCUUUAAAAAAGGACAGGUUGGAUGACAGUUUCCUGCUUCACUGGUUUUCAGUAGAACCAGCAUGUAUUUAUUUAUGGUGUGGUGAUGCACAUAUGACUUUUUGUCGAUCAUGAAACUUAAGCUAAGUUAGUUUUGUCGUAGUGUGGUUCAUUUGAGAGGGAGGGGGGGGUGGAUGGUAUUCGGUGCGAUUCAGCGUUUCAACCAUCCCACGCGUGUUCUACUCAUGACGAUGCUCUAAAUAAUAUUGGACGGCUUGACUCAUCUCAUUCACGAGCUUCAGCUGAGCUCAAUUCAGCGUUGACGCAUACAAACAGCUGUUGAAUGUUAUUGUCGAAUCACAUUAUCUACUCUCCAACACACACGCCACUUCUUUUGUUUUAGUUCCAGGAGCCUACACUGCGCCCAAAGGAGAAGUUUGACAUUUUGGGAGAUCGAGAGUUGGACGAGACAAUUCCGUACCACACUCAUGUCUGUACGCUAAACACUUGAGAUACACGGGGAGUGACGAUUAGAUCUUUUAAAACUGACUCAUCUCUUUUUUCGUCAAAGCACGAAUCGGCUUUGACUCAACUUCGCGUAAAAACUGGAAAAGAAAUUCGUCCAAAAUGUCAAAUUUGUCUUUUAAGGCUUUGAUGGCAUAAACGUGAUCAUGUAAAUGGACCAAAUGCUGUAUCAGUAUACUGAACGGUGCAUAGUCAGCGAUUAUUCUGCAAUAAUUCUUACAUUUCGAUGUGAACUCAAAUAGUAGUGCUAGCAUUCAUAUUAUGGAUUUGUGUUUCUUUUUAUUUUUGACUCGUCAUAGCUUGUACUUCAAUGGGAAUGUUUGUCGAAUCAACAAUCUUAAAAUUAGGGGUUUUCUGGCAAACUUUUUAGCUUUGGAACAGUUCGCCGGAACCUCAGAGGUCGUUCUCCAAAACUGUAACAGCAAAGAACAUCCUCGAGGGGCAUCAUGGCUUCUAUACAACUUUGACGGUGCAUGUGAGAGUUUGCUGAAAAACGUGGAUGAUCAACAGCCGCUGACGGGUUUCACGGCACAUGCACCUGACAGAUUCAUCGUUGUAUAAUAUGAACUGGAUUGCUAACAGGAAUAUUGUAAGUGAUGGCAAUGUGAUUUCAAUAACAUCAAUAUUCAUGUGUUACUCAGUGUUUGAAAACCGUAUUUACAUUUGUGUAGGCGAAACGCCUGAGUAUACAAACCAACUGCAACUAAUGCAAUAAUAGGGUGCAAUGUGCAAUUAUUUAUUCAGUUAUUUAGUUAUUAGCAUAGAUACAUGAGAGCUGUGUAGCUUGCUGGGCUUUUAUUUUAUUUUAUUUUUGUUUUAUAACUUUCCAUGUGGCAGCAACAGCAGGAAAAAAAAGGAACGACUAGACAUGUUUUUUUUGUUUUCUCAGCUUUUUUGUGUGUAUUGCAGUUUGGGGAAAAAAAGUGAUAGAACUUUGUAACUAUUUUCAAUUGAUUUAUUUGCUAUGUGCAGAUCUAUAUUAGUUGUGAGUAAUUACAUAGGUAUUAAUUUCAAAGUGUUGGUAAGUAUAAAAACAAAUAAAGUUUCAUUUUUUCUUUCUGUGA